CAGGCAACUGCAAGGGGAGAAGAAGGUAUGACACUGUUCUUUGUUUGCUGCAACCCGAACUGUGGCCACAGGUGGAGGGAUUGAGAUCUCAUUCGAGUUAUGGUGGAUGCACUGUUAGUUCUUGAUUUAGUCGAAAAACUAAUUCUGAACCAUAAGGAAAACUCUGCAACUGUUCAUUGUUUAGUGUAUGUACAAUGUAAUGAAUCCCAUCCUGUGUUGGCUUGGAAGACUUGUUAUUAUUGAGCUAAGAUUCUGGAAACUUGCGUGCGCGCACUGUUAUCCAAUAGCCAUACUGUGGAUUAGUACUAAUGUUUCUGGCAUUUGAACAUAACUUUGCUGUUCUGCUGUUCUAUAUUUGGAAGAACUUAUCCUGCUUAUUGUGCA